UUGACCUGGAUUGCGAAAGUUCACUCUCGUCGACGAUAAUUGGAUCCAUGGCGAUCGCGCUCUCAUCCUCCUCUCUCACUUACUUCACACUGUCGCUCAUCCUCUCGAGCUUUCUCUCUCCUCCCGCUCUCGCCAAAUCAUCUCCUCGUCCGAUCACUGACGAAGAGAUCAGAGAGAAGAAGCAAGCUUGCUAUGCCGACGUCGAAAGUGGGAUGUGGGGGUGGAGGUGUAAGUCGUCGGUGAUCGAGAAGGAGAACUGCGCGCUUCGAUGUCUGUCGCCUACUUGCUAUUCUCUCGUCUACGAGAGUGAUCCUCUUGAAGAGGGGGAGAAGGAUUAUGUUCGCAGCAAUGAGUACAAAUUCUGCAUGCGCAAGUUAUCACUAGGAGAAAGCCUGGAUGGAGUAAAAGGUGCAUUCGAUUAUUAGAAGAACCGGAGUCCUUGUUUCUACAUUACUAGAUGCUGCAUUUUCAAGCAUGACUGUUCACCACUAAUUUGUGCACCCCGUUAACAGAAGUUCCUACAAAAUCCAGCAUUCUGUGCUUUCUUCUAUGGCCUCCCCUUUGCUUUUUCUUGCUUGCUUCUUCCAUGAUCAGUGAAAUGUGAACUAUCAUGUGUCCAUAUUAUUGUUCGACUUAAUGACCAAAUAUACUUUUUAAAUUUUUAUGAGGAUAACAUUUUUCUUUAGAUUCUUUUUCUGCUGGAGUUAGAAACCAACUCAGUUUUACGUGCUGAUUUGCCAUGAAACAUCUUUGUUCUGUUUUAUUUUGCUGUGUUUUUGGUGUUUGGUUAAGAGGUAAAAUAAGAGAAAGGGCGGCACUCUAAAUCUAUGCGAUCCCAACUUAUUUCACUAGUCCUUGUUUAGUGUUGUUCGAGCCUCUAGGCUCGUCAGACAUGCUUGAGCAGCGUCAGUAUGCAAGAAGAUGGAUUUGGGUUGGCGAUCUGAAACCGAUAUUGAAAGCGGAAGUUCCUGUUGAAGUCUGUCCACCAUUCCACAUAUCUGAGUAUUAAAUGAGGAAUGUAUGGAGCAUGAACUUGCCAUUGAAAACAUAACAAUCGUUUGUCUAUAUAUAAAGGGGAGAAGAAAAACGGUUUUAGAGGAAGAGCAGCAAUGAACAACAAAUAUCUGGAUCAAGUUUUACCGGUUGGAGAUCUGCAGAAGUCCACAAAUAGAGGCGCAGAGUUGGAUCCCAAUAGCAGUGAAUAGUAUGACCAGGGUUGGGCAAAUGCAUUUAUUGCAUUAAACAUCCAAUGACGUUACAUAGUAUGAGAAGAAUUAGAAGACAGUGGAGUCCAGAUGAACGCGGAAGCGAGCGUGAAGUAUGCUUGUGCAAAGCAAAACAAGUCGUUGUUGUAAUUUUUUGAUUUUCUCAAUGUCACUAAGUAAAAAUAAAAAAUGUUGUACAUAUUGUGUUUUAUUCAUGUUAUCACUGAAUAAAAAAGAUAAUAUUCUACUGUUU